AUGGAAACGAUUUAUUAUGACGACAAAGACAUAGUUGACCAAAUGAUGCAGAUAUUAGGGAUAAAGCAAGGUGACGAAGAAAGCAUAGAAGAGUUUACUAAACGAUAUAAUGGUCAUAUAAUGUUAUGGAAUGGUGAACUUCCAGAAGAAGAAAAACGGAUUUGGUAUGUCCUUGGUUUAAAAAGGCAAUACCUUUAUGAGAUCGAAGCUCUUUUACCUGAAACCUACGAUCAAGCAAAACAAUUGGCGUUAAUAGUGGAAGCACAAAUGAAAGGUGUAAAGAAAGAAGUGAAGAAUGUAGUAAGUGAUAGAGAUAUUAAAGUAACAAGCGAAUCAGAAAAGAAUAAAAUUAAAGACUUCCCGCGAUGGGUUAAAGCUAAUGGUUGUAAAACGUUGAUCGAGAAGAUGUGUGUUGUAUAUAAUCUUGGAGGUGUAUGUCGACGUAGUGUUGAUUGUGAUGCUAAAGUAGUAAUAAAAGGAAAGUUGAACAUUAGUGUUGUAUGUGAUGAGUAUGUAAUAGUAGUGAUAAGGAUUAAACGGAUGUUUGAUGGUAUAUUAAAGUUGUGGUAUGAUGUUGUGAAGGGUCUUAAACUUCGUCGAAGAAUUUUUGUAUGUAAUAAUUUGGAAGAUAGAGGUAAAUGGAUGAUGAACUCUAGAUAG